GCCAUGUCCGCGCGCGCCGGGUCGCGGCUGCUGCUCGCGGGACCCCCCCGGCGACACCGGGUGUCCGGGCCGGACCCGGAGCGUCUCCGGCUCUUCCAGCGGCUGCGGGCGGCGGCGGCGGCGGAGCGGCGGGACGGGCCCGGGGAUGGGGACGGGGCGGGCGGCGGUGCCGGGGGCGGCCGCCUCCCCCCGGGGACCCCCAUCCGCAUCGCGCUGCCCGGGGGGCACCGCCUGGACGGCCGCGCCCUGCAGACCACCCCGUUCCAGGUGGCCGCGCAGCUCGGGGGUGGCCUGGCAGAGGCAGCGCUGGUGGCCCGGGUGAACGGGGUCCUGCAGGACCUGGACCGGCCCCUGGAGCACGACAGCGACCUGGAGCUGCUCGACUUCUCCUCGCCGGAGGGGCGGGAGGCUUUCUGGCACUCCAGUGCCUGUGUCCUGGGGGCGGUGGCCGAGCAGUUUUUCGGGGGGAUGCUCUGCAGCGCCUGGGCCACCGAGGAUGGAUUCUACUGCGACGUGCACAUGGGGGACAGGACGGUGCAGAGUGCGGAGUUGCCGGCGCUGGAAGAGGCCUGUGCCGCGUUCGCCCGCGCCCGGCACCGCUUCGAGCGCCUCGAGGCCACACGCCAGCAGCUGGCUGAGCUCCUCAAGCACAACAGCUUCCAGCUGCAGCAGCUCGAGGAGGAGGUGACGUCCCCCACGGCCACGGUCUAUAGGUGCGGCCCCCUGCUCCAGCUCUGCCGUGGGCCCCUGCUCCGGCACACGGGGCUCAUCGGAGCCCUGCGCGUCCUCACGAGUUCAGCUGCGCUCUGGGGGGGUUUGGGGGGUCAAUCCCUCCAGCGCGUGGCCGCCGUGUCCUUCCCCACCCCCGAGGCCCUGGAGCGCUGGGAGCGGGCGCAGGAGGAGGCGGCUCUGCGGGACCACCGGCGGAUCGGGAGGGCGGCCGCGCUGGACGCGCUGCGGCCCCGCAUGAGCAACUGCUGCCGGCACCACGCACCGCUGCCCUGCGCCCGCCGAGCCUGGACGGACGUGCUGGACGGGUUCUGCACCGAUGAGUUCGGGGUGAAGACGCGGCAGUUCCACUGCUGCCGCCGGCACGGGGCCGCCCGGCGCCGCUGCUUCGCCCAGGAGACCCCGGCCCCCGCCUGGGACCCCAACACCGCCUGGGACACCAAAACCGCCUGGAACCUGGUCACCGAGCCCCCCUUCCCGCCCGGGGAGCCCACGGCCGCCAACUUGGGCAACAUCUGCGGGCUGCGGGAGCUGCGCCCCGGCCCCCCCGGGCCCGGCGCCCCCUCCGGGCCCCGCGUCCGGCUGCGGGUCCGCCUGGAGCGAGAGUUCGGGCGGUGCUGCCGCAACGAGAGCCUGAGCUGCGCCCACAGCGCCGUGAUGGCUGAAGGGGCUGAAUCGGUUCUGCCGGGAGGAGUCGGCGGUGAAGACGGCGCAGCACCGGUGCUGCCAGCGCGGGGGUCUCCGGGCCCGGGGCCGCUGCUUCGCCGCCGCCGCCCCCCACCCCGCCUACGACCGGGAGCUGCACAACGUGAGCCUGGUCCGGCCCGGCCCCGCCCUGCUGCGCUCGCUCUGCGGCCCCACCCGCCUCUUCACGCAGAGGCGGCCCGUGCCGGAGCUUUUUGGGGCCGUGACGGCCGCGUGUUGCCCCCUCCCCGCCGAGGAGCGCGGGGUCUGCGCCCGGGAGCAGCUGUCCCAGGCCAUCGCCACGCUCUGUGCCAGCCCCCAGGACGCCUGGCGGGACCCCCACGGCUGCUGCUCGUGGGAGGAGCCCGAGCGGCGCCGCUGCUUCGACAACGCCUACCUGGGCCAGGUGACCCUGGGGGCCGCCGUGGCCCCCCCGCCCCCUGGCCACGACGAGUGAACCCCCCCCAACCCCCGGCAUGA